ACAUGUUGGGACAAACAAGUCCCAGUACAAGACUGCAAGUUUUUAGCCCUUAAACUGCUUUUUCACAGCUUAAACUUGGAAGAGGGCUGGCUUAAGAAUGUGCAAACUGGGUGGACGGGAAGGAGCCAAUGAGGGGAGAAGUAUAAAUAAGUGAAAGGGGAGAAAGAGGGGAGUGAGAGCACAAUCUGUAACUUGUUUUGUUUCCUGCAGCACAGUUUGAGCAACGCUCUGUUGGACUUAAAGCCAUCGAGAAAUGGAGAGGGUGCGGAUCAAGAAGGAGCCAGAUAACAGGGAGGAUGACGAGGCGGUGCACCUUCGGAAGGAGAUCGGGCUGCUGCCUGCUGUGUCCUUCAUCAUUGGAACAGUGGUGGGCAGUGGGAUCUUCAUCGCUCCGAAGGGUGUCCUGAUGAACAGUGGCAGCGUGGGGCUGUCUCUGCUGGUGUGGGCGCUGUGUGGCGUCCUCUCAUUGUUUGGGGCCUUGUGCUAUGCUGAACUGGGCACCAGCUUUACAAAAUCCGGGGGUCACUAUACGUACCUCCUGGAGACACUGGGGCCCCUUCCUGCUUUCCUCAGGCUCUGGGUGGAGUUUUUAUUCGUGAGACCAGCUGUUGCUUCUUAUGUUUCCUUGGCUUUUGGGCGUUACGUUGUGGAGCCUUUCUUUGCACCUUGUGCAGCUCCCACGGCAUUAAUCAAACUUGUCAGUAUCCUUGGAGUGACGUUUGUUGUUGCGGUGAACUGCUGGAGCGUAAAAGUGGCCUCUCGCACCCAAGUCACCUUAACCUUCAUUAAGAUGUUUGCGCUGGUCCUUAUAAUCAUUCCAGGUGUCAUCGCACUAGCCAAAGGAAAAACAGAAAACUUCCAGAACGGUUUUGAGAUGGACUCAAUAACACUGGACAGGCUGCCGCUGGCCUUCUAUAACGGCCUUUAUGCAUAUGGUGGAUGGUUUUAUCUGAACUUUGUCACAGAGGAAGUCAUAAACCCAAACAGAACCAUCCCGCUGGCAAUAGUCUGCUCCAUGGUGACGGUGACCAUCUUCUACGUGCUUGUUAAUGUGGCCUACUACACCAUGAUGACACCGGCUGAGCUGUUGCUGUCUGAUGCAGUGGCUGUGACGUUUGCUGACAGAGCUCUUCGUGGUCUGGCCUCUGUGAUCCCUAUACUUGUCGCCUUAUCUUGCCUUGGAGCACUUAACGGUGGCUUCUUUGGGUCACCUAGAAUGCUUUUUGUAGGUGCCAGGGAGGGCCACUGGCCGCAAAUAUUUUCUAUGAUUCACAUCCGAAGGCAGACACCUUUACCUGCUGUGCUUUUCCUGUACCCCUUGGUGGUGUUGAUGUUAAUCACUGGUGAAAUCUACCAGCUCAUCAACUUUGCCUCCUUCUCUCGCUGGUUCUUCAUCGCCUUGGCAACCCUGGGCAUGCUCGUCCAUCGAUUCCGGUUCCCCCAUCACCCAAGGCCUUUCAAGGUGCCCCUGGCUAUUCCAGUCACCUUCACUGUGGUUUGCUUCUUCAUUGUGGGCCUCUCACUUUACUCGGACCCCUGGAACACAGGACGAAGCUGUGCCCUCACUCUGACAGGGCUGCCGGUUUACUAUGUGACCAUCCACCGCUUUCGGCUGCCUCGCAGGUGGAGACACGUUUUCAACUACUGUAGCAAGCAGAUGCAGAUCCUUCUAGAAGUGGCUCAGCAGGAAGUCCAGACAUACUGAAGACUUGGAAAUCAUUUUCCACUGACAGGCUUCAUGGAUAAAUAAGUCACCUGGAAGUAUUAUUUCUUUUAUACUAAACAUGUACUAUAUUUUUUUUUUAUAGUGAGAAUACUGAAAAUGGUUGCAAAUUUACC